CUGAAAGUGAUGCGCGGUUGAUAUCUUCUAUAUUUCAAUAUCUUCAAUCUUAUGAAACGAAACACUGUUAAUUCUACCUCGUUCCAGCAAAUCCACGCUACGAUCGUCUCAUUUUAGUCGUAUAUCUCGUCCUGCUCUUCACGGCUUACGCUUCCGCAAACACCUCCCUCAACCUCUACAUUGAUCACGCCCCCAACUGCAGCGUCCCUUUUCAGAUUCACGACAAUGGGAGGAUCGCUAUCACGUCUGUGGUCUUUCUUCUGGACCAAGAAGGAGAUUCGAAUUCUUAUAUUAGGUCUCGACAAUGCCGGAAAAACCACACUUCUCUACAGACUUAAGAUCGGUGAAGUAGUCACAACAAUACCUACCAUCGGAUUCAACGUCGAGUCGGUCACAUACAGAAAUCUGAAUUUCAAUGUCUGGGAUCUCGGAGGUCAAACGUCCAUUCGACCCUACUGGCGGUGCUACUACGCCAACACUGCCGCUGUUAUAUUCGUCAUUGAUUCUACCGAUAUUGAGCGACUUGGUACAGCUGCGGAUGAACUUGCGGCUAUGUUGAACGAAGAGGAGCUGCGCGAUGCGGCUUUGCUGGUGUUUGCCAACAAGCAGGAUCAACCCGGCGCCAAGGGUGCCGGAGAGAUUUCGGAAGCUCUGAAGCUCGGGGAGCUGCGAGAUAGGAACUGGAGCAUCGUAGCAUGCUCCGCCAUUGAUGGUAAAGGUCUAGAUGAGGGUAUGGACUGGUUGGUUCAAACACUUCAAGCGGAGAACGCAUAAGCGCUGGCGUUGUUCAAUCUCUGUCAUAGACCCCGUCUGCUUUUUCAUUGCGUUCUAUAUAUCGUCCAGAUGCCCCUUCAAGGACUCGGAAAUGUUGCUUGAUUUAAUGAGUCCGAGGUUCCCAGCUUCUUUCCGUUCUUACCGACUCUGUUAUGCUGCGCGGAGUCCAUGUCUUUUAUACGGUACAGGUUUGGUUGCGACUUGGCAAAUUUAGCAUAAUAUCCUAAUUUAACUCGGCAAGGGAUCGAUUGACCUUGCAAGACUUGUACUUGGCUUUCCAGAAGUUCUGAUCAUGCUGUUCACGGCAAUCGCUAGUUCUGAAUGGCCCAGGCGUGGUGUGGAGUGUCUGUUAGCCUUCGCCCUUUUAUCUUUCCCCUGAAAUAGCUCAGCUUUCUUGUCCACAUAGCUGGUACUGUGUCGCUGGCUCAGUGUCAUUUUGUCAGUACAGGUCCAUCAUGAUUCCCUG